AUGUCGGUUGUUGAACAGUUGAUCGAGAUGGGAUUCGACAAGGAAAAAGCGGAGGCAGCAGCAAAAUCCUCCGAAACACUAGAAGGGGCAAUCGAAUGGAUUGUCGCGCACGAUUCAAUAAACGCGGCGCCAUCGAAUCCGGCGCCUUCGUCGGCUACCAGCAGCGAAGAAGUCGUCACUGAAGCAGCCGCAAGCUUCAAGUGUAACACAUGCGGAAAGUUGUUCAGAGAUGAGAAUGGGAUGAUGUUCCACGCGAACAAAACAAAGCACGACGACUUCAGCGAAAGUAGCGAAGUGGUAAAGCCGUUGACGGAUGAGGAAAAGAAGGCAAAGGUAGAAGAAUUGCGGGAAAAGAUUCGUGCACACCGCGCCAUCAAAGAGAAACAGGAGGAGGAGGAGAAGCGUGAACUCGAGAAGAGACGAAAGAACGAUAUGAAGGCGAUGCUGAUAAGCAAGGAGCAGCGACGUGAGAAAGAAAUGCUGGAGGCAGCCGCAAUCCGAAAACGCGAGAAACUUGAGGAUGAGAAGCGCAAAAGAGAGAUUCUGGAGCAGAUUCGACACGAUCGCGAAGCAAGAAAGGCCGCUGCUGCUUCUGGAGAAACUGCGACGCCCAAAGCUGCUCCAGCUCCAGCUCCGGCUCCUGUCCAACCAUUACCUCCUAAGGACUAUGAACAUACCACUAUUCAGAUUCGCCUUCUUGAUGGAAAAGUGAUCAAGCAGCAGUUUAAAGCCAAAGAACCUUUAGCGAUGGUCCGUGCCUGGAUCGACACCAAUUAUGGGGCGGCUCUUCCGUAUAAGAUGUUGACUCCGUUUCCGAGAAGAGUUUUCACCAAUGAGGAUAUGGGUGCUCCUCUGAACCAGCUUGACCUCGUUCCGUCGGCAAGCAUCACCCUCGCACCGCAAUGA